AUGUUUUACUUUAUUGCUAUUAUUAUGGAAGGAUCUAAUGAAGCUAAUUUUUUUCUGGUUAAAAGAGGGGUAGGAAGUGAUUUUAAUUUUAGGCCAAGAUCAUUAAAAAGUGUCAAUGUAUCCAAUACAUUUGCAUCUUCUGGUAAUUCAUUAAAUACUAAAUAUGGUUGUUCAGAAGAACUUGGUACUUGGUUUAUCGUUUAUGGUUUAGUAAAAGCUACUCCACAUUUUAUUUUUCUUUCAUAUAUUGGUGCUGAAUUAUGUGUACGUUUUGCAUAUGAUUCAGUAUAUGUACCAUUGAAAAAAAAACAAAGUAUAUGGUCAGCACCUGUUCUUCAACAAGAUGAAUUUGAAUUUGCAAAAUAUUAUGUAACAAAAUUAUUUCGACGAAAUAUUGAAGAAAAACAAAAACGAUAUCAAAAAUUUGUAGUUAGUAAUAAAUUUGAUAAUCAAUCGCAAACAACUAAAACAACGAAAAAAGUUUAUCCAUCACGUGUUAAAAAAUUUUUAAAUUCAAUCUAUGCUUGGGAUGAAGAUUUUCGUUUUACAACAUUAGCUACAUGUACAUAUACAGUAGCUAUUGUUUUUCUUUAUUAUUUAGCAUGUACAUUUGUUUUUCUAUAUAUAUCAAGAACAACAGGUCAUACAUUAUUUGUAAGAUAUUAUAUUCAAUCAAUAUUCAAUAUUGAAUUUAAAGGAUUAUUUUCAUUGAGAUUGGAAAUAAUAACAAGUGCAAUUAUUGCUUUUUUAAUAUAUGCAUUUCAAUUAUUUCUUGGCAUUCAAAAUUAUAAAAAACAUAAAUUAGAUUUAUAUAGAGGCAUAUAUGAAGAUGUACCAUCAUCAUUAAAUUUUAAACCAAGUUCCAUUGUAUCAAAAUCUGUUCAUUAUUCGGGUUUUCUUGUUGGUUAUAUGGCAUGGGGUUUUCUAAUAUGUUUUCAUUUAAUAUUUGUUUUCUUAAGUUUAAUUCGAAUAAUAUCUUUACAAAUGCGUUAUUUUGAAUUAAUACUUGCUAUAACUGUACCUGUAACUGUUAUUUAUCUAUUAAAAAUGGUUAGUGCAUCAUCAGCAGGAAGUUUUUUUUUUAUGCAAAGUGAUCAUGAAAAAAUUAAUUUAAAUAAUCGAAAAACUUAUGCUAUAUUUCUUUAUUUUAAUUUUUUUGCCGAUUGUUUUCUUGGUAUUGCUUCAUGUAUUAUUCGUUUUAUUAAAGCAACUUCUCUUAAUUUGGUUUAUAUGGCACGACUUGAUUGUAGUUUUCUUGGAAGACCAUUAGAAAAAUUCGAUCUGGGUUAUGCAGCCUAUGUAUCAUAUCUACAUAUGGAAGUAACUCAUACAAAUCCAGUCAUGCUUGCCUUUUGUUAUUCAUUAUAUGAUGAUGUUGUUAAACAACGACCAAAGCAUUGUUAUGAUGAUGAAUGUUGUAUUGCUCCAGGUGAACUUGAUGCCGAUGAGACAAUCGUCGAAGAAAAAGUAAAGAUUACAAAAGAUACAUCACCAAAGACAAAGAAGCAAAAUAUAAAUGGAUCAACAUCGAAAAAGACAACAGUACAAAAACAAGAAAGUGUAUCAUCAACAAAAUCGAUACGACAAAAACGAAGUUCAAUUUCUAAUGUUGAUGAUACGAAAGAAGGUCGUUCAAUAAGAGAAGUAAAACCCAAAGCUAAAUCUCCAAGUCCAUCAACAGUUUCAGAUAAAAGUAGUCAAAAAUCGAAAAAACGCAAGUUAGUUACUAAGGAUGAUAUACAAGAACAAGAUGAUGAUAAUGCUUCUCGUUCAUCAACUGUUUCAAUAAAAGCUCAAAUUAUUUCUGAAAAGCAACCUCAGCUACCAUUACCAUCUGCUCCUUUUCUUGACGUACCUAUGCGUGAAGAUCUUCCAAAUGAAGAACAUGACAAUGAUGAUAGAAGUAUCAAACCACCAUCAAUAUCUACUAUAUCAAAAAUAAUUCCUCAACAAGCACCACGUCUGAUGCCAUUACAGCGGACAUCUCCACCACGUGUACCAAAACGAGAAGAUGACAAUGACGAUAAUUUUGAUGAUGAUGGAGGUAUAAAACCACCAUCAAUUUCUACAAUAUCAAAAGUAAUGCCUCAAAAAGUACCACGCUUAAUGCCAUUACAACGAACAUCUUCACCAGGCGUACCAAAACGAGAAGAUGACAAUGACGAUAAUUUUGAUGAUGACGGAGGUAUAAAACCACCAUCAAUUUCUACAAUAUCAAAAGUAAUCCCUCAAAAAGUACCACACUUAAUGCCAUUACAAAGAACAUCUUCACCAAGCGUAUCAAAACGAGAAGAUGACAAUGACGAUAAUUUUGAUGAUGACGGAGGUAUAAAACCACCAUCAAUUUCUACAAUAUCAAAAGUAAUGCCUCAAAAACUACCACGAUUAAUGCCGUUACAACAAAUAUCUCCACCACGUGUACCAAAACGAGAAGAUAUUAUUGAUGAUGAUGAUGAUGAUGAAGUAGAUGAUGAUGGUGGCAUCAAUCCAAAAGUAAUUGCUAAACAAAAACGAGAAUUAGAAGAAAAGAAAAAGAAAAAGAAAAAAGAGGAAACAAAAAAGAAAAAACAAUCAAUUCUACGCGAUGACGAUGAAGAUGAAGAUGAUGGAGGAAUACCAAGAGCCAAACCUAAUGUUAAAGUAAAACCCAAUAAAAAAAUUGUAAAACCAACAUCUCUUGAUGAUGAAGAUGACGAUGGUGGCGUAUCAAAACAAAAGCAACUAGCAGCUGAAAAAAAGAAAAAAGAAAUAGAAGCGAAGAAAAAAAAGAAAGAACAAUUAAAAGCAUUAGCUAAUCAAGAUAAUGAUGCAGAUGAUGAUGGUGCUCCUAAACGACAAGAACCUAUUAAAAAGAAAAUAACAACUAAAAAAAGUUCCAAGUCAAAGAUUUUAAAAGAUGAAGAUGAUGAUGAUGAUGGUGGACGUAUCGUCAAAACCUACGAUACAGUUCGAACGAUUAUACCAACUAAAAAACCUAUACUCGAUAAUCAAAGGAAAAAACAAUCAUCACCAGAAGCUAAUGAUGAUGGUGGUAUGUUAACAUCUCGACCUCAACAACAACAACAACAACGGCUAUUAGCAUCAUAUGAUACAGUUGGUCGAAUAGUACCCAGAGUUUCUACUGGUUUUGGAAGAAUUAAAGAAGAAAGUCAUUAUGAUACAAUACUAACUGAUGAAGAACGUGCAAAUCGAGCAAAUGUCAUCUAUUCUCCACCAUCAUAUGAUCGAACAUCAGAUUCAAAUGAUUUACCUCUUUUACGAACAAUAUCUUAUCGUGAAGCUCAACAACGUACACCACCAAUAAAACAACAGCGACUAGUAGGUUCAUCAUCAUCACGUAGUCAUAGUAAUACAAAUGAAGAUAGUAGUCAUUAUUCAGAAAUAGUGACUGAUACCGCACGAUCAGGGAUUAUUAAUCGUUCUUAUUCACAUACAGGAUCGACUAAAUCAUCAUCAAAUUAUUCUAUAAAACAACCAAGUAAGCAUUCAUCAGAAUACACAUUAAAAGAACAACAAACAGAAGAAUCGAAUGUUGAAACUGACCAAGAAGAAGAAGAAGAAGAAGAAGAGGAAGAAGACCAAGAAGAAGAAGAAGAAGAAGAAGAAGAAGAAGAAGAAGAAGAAGAAGAAGACCAAGAAGAAGAAGAAGAAGAAGAAGAAGAGAAAGCACAAGAUAAAUCUUCACGCGAAAAACGAUUGCCUACACAUAAUGUCUCUACAGCUUAUCCAUUUAUUAGUCAUUUAGUCAAACCAAAUGAAGCAAGUAAAAUGUUACAAAUUCUAAAGCAAAAACAAGCACGUUUUCGUUGGUAUCUUGCAUAUACAAUUAUUAAUAAUUAUCAUUUAUUUGAUCUAAGAAAACAAGUAGAAAGUCGUCUUGCUCUAUUACGUAUUCAACGAAGUAAUUUAAUCGAUGAACAAAUGCAUGCAGCAGUAGCUACUGUUGCUGCUGAUCGUGUUCAAGAGUCGUUUGCAUUUGAUGAAAUUCCUCAAUCUCUUGUAGCAAGAGGAGCAGAAAUGAAACCUAAAGCCUCCAUACGAAGACGAGGUGCACCACCUGAAGAACAACCUCCAGGAACUCGUAGUUUACUUUCUGUGCCUACACCAUUACCUAUUAUCGAUGAAUAUCCUCAAAGUCCAGCUGAACGAUAUAUUGCUAUUCGUUCGUGUAUGUUGUAUGAUGUAAAUGCUCCACAAGCCAAUGUUCCUCAUGCUGCAAAUGCAUACCAAAUUUCACCAACAGCUGGUCAACAACCUGGAGUUUCAACAACAUUUAAUCCUAAUACUAGAAGAUUUGGUUCUCAACAACCACCAGAUAUUGUCAUUCAAUCACCAUCAAGUUAUACUAGUGGAACGAAAUCCACACGACCACAUUAUCAACGACAAAAAUCGCACGGUUCAACACCAUUGGGAAUAAAUACGUUUAAUAAUACACCAACCUUUCAAGGUGUACCUGAAUCAGGUCGAGCAUCAAAUGAUAGUUCAAUGACAAACUUUGCAACAUUACGUACGCAAAUGAGUCAUGCACAACAUAUGCAAGCAUGGCGUCACAAUCAAUUAAAAAAAUAUCAGAAAAAACGUCCAUAUCAUUAUGUUUAUGGAGCACCACCUCAACGACCAUUGGAAGAAAAAGUUUCAACUGCUGCUAUUCUUACACCACAAGUCAUUCCUACAGGUAGUAAUUUUAAACGUUUACCAAGUCAACCAGCUUUUCAAUAUCCACAUAAAGUUAAAAAUAUUAACGAAAAAAGAAAACAAACUCAUGAACGACAAAUUAGUCCAACAUCAUCAUCACAAAAUGAAGAAAAUAAUCGAGAUAAAUCUCUAAAUAGAAAACCAUUAAAAACAACAGUGGCUGUAAUUCGUCGAAAAGAUUCACCAAGUAGUUUUUCGAAUGUAACAGAAGUUUAA